AUGCAUCUCAAAUUUUAUUGGACAAUUUACGCGUCUCGGCUUAUCAAAUCACGUGUAGGUGCAAUGGAAUCGAUUAUAUCAAAAACCGCGAUCAACAGAAUCUAUAGAAAUUCUUUCGUCGUAAAAAGGGCCUCGCAGAAAUGCUCGCCCGUUGCCUUUCUACCAGGGCUUCGCAGAAAUGCUCGCCUUUUACACUAUCCCUAUGCUUUGGACCUAGGAAACUACCUCCAAAGUUUAUGGACGCGUCCGGGAGGUGUAUUGGUAGAAAGAGAAGAUGAGGGUCUCGCAGAAGUGCUCACCCUUUACAUCAUCCCUACGCUUUGGACCUAG